AUGCACGUCAAGGCCAGGUCAAACCGGCAAGCGAAACCGUUUGUCGCCGACAUCCGGCAGCCGUCCGAGGAGUCCGACGUCGGCGGCAAGGGGCGGCGGCUGUACGAGUUGACGGCCAUGGGCGCUUCGGUGCCGAACGGCUUCACGGUCACGGCCGCAGCCUUCUCCGACUUCCUGCAGGCGACGCAACUCCAUGACGCCAUCGGUGACAGACUGGCGCGCGUUGACGUAAGCGACGAAGCGGCCAUCCGCGCCGGUUCGGCCGACAUUGUCGCGAUGAUCGCCGAUGCCAGUCUGCCCGGCCAUCUGGCGCAGCUCAUCUGCGAUGCCUAUGACGCUCUAUGUUUUCAGUCGGGCACGCUUCGCCUCAAGGUCGCCGUGCGAUCGUCCGCCAUUGGCGAAGAUGCCAAGGAUGCCAGCUUUGCCGGCCAGUUCGAGACCUAUUUGGGCGUCGCAGGCCACGAGGCCCUGCUGAACCACGUAAAGAAGGUCUGGGCCAGCCUGUUCAACGAACGCGCGAUCCUUUACCGGCUGAAGAAGGGCCUUCGCCAUGACGCGCCGAUGGCGGUUGUGGUGCUGGAACUGGCGGAUGCGCGCUCUGCGGGCGUCGCCUUUUCGGUCGAUCCGCUGACCGGCAAACGCGACCGCAUCACGAUCGAGGGCAAUUGGGGCUUUGGCGAAUCGGUCGUCCAGGGCGUGGUCACGCCGGACCGUGCGGCUGUCGACAAGGCGGACUUGCGCAUCCUCGACUAUGUGACCGCCGACAAGACGAUUGUCUCGGUCUUUGAUCCGCAGACCCGGCUGGUUGUCGAAGAGCCGGCACCCGCCCGAUUCCGAAAAGCCCGCGUGCUCGGCGACCAUGAGGUCGACACCAUCGCCCGCGCGGUGCGUGACGUCGAAAAGCAAAUGGGCGAGCCGGUGGAUGUCGAAUGGGUCAUCCCCCGCCACUGGCGUCCCGGCGAACCGCCGGUCCUCGUCCAGGUCAGGCCGGUGACCACGCUUGAGGCCGAGGCGCCCGCCCCGGCCUGGAACAAUCUGGAUUAUGCGACGAAAUACGGCGCCGGCUCUGCGGGCGCGGUUCUGGCGUCCCGCUUGUCGGAAGACCCCCGCUCGACUGUCUGUCUCAUCGAAGCCGGGCCGAAAGACACCCAUCCGUUCAUCGCCAUGCCGCUCGGCCUGAUAUGGCUGGCCAAGAAUACCCGCCAUAACUGGCUCUACGCAUCGGCGCCGCAAGAGGGUCUCGGAGGCCGCUCGGUCUCGAUCCCGCGCGGCCGGGUUCUGGGCGGUUCGUCGGCCAUCAACGGCAUGAUCUACAUUCGCGGCCAGCGCGAGGAUUAUGACCGUUGGGCCGAGGCCGGCUGUACCGGUUGGGACUAUGAGUCGGUUCUGCCCUAUUUCAUCAAGUCGGAGAACAAUCGGGCGCCGGAUCUCAACGGCGUCCAUCACGGCAAGUCCGGCCCCCUGUCGGUCACCGAUCUCGCUGAUCCAAACCCGAUGGACACGGUGUUCAUCGAGGCUGCGGGCCAGUUGCAGUUCCGCCCAAAUCGCGACUUCAACGGCGCCGGCCAGGAAGGCGUCGGCAUCUAUCAGGUGACGCAAGACGGCGGACGGCGCCAUUCGACAGCGCACGCGUUUCUCGAGCCGGCGCGCGGCCGCGCCAAUCUGCGCGUCGUCACCAGCAGCCAGGUGGCCGCGCUCGAAUGGUCCAACGAUCGGGUCGCGGGCGUGCGCGUGCGCGACGGCGAUGGCAAUGAGCGUGCGAUUGGGGCAGAUCGUGAAGUAAUCCUUUCGGCCGGGGCCAUCGGCUCGCCGGAAAUCCUCAUGCGUUCGGGCAUCGGCCCCGGCGCCGACCUGACGGCCGCAGGCAUCGCGGUCAAGCAUGACCUGCCCGGCGUCGGCGCCAAUCUGCACGACCAUGUCGAUUGCUUGGUCAUCUGCAAGAGCCGGAGCCGAACGCCCUAUGGCCUGUCUGCCGGCGCGGCGCCCAAGCUGUUCUAUGAAGGGUUGCGCUAUCUCGCCGCGCGGCGCGGCAUGCUGGCCUCCAACAUGGUCGAAGCCGGCGGCUUCGUCCGGUCGCAGCCGGACGUCGAGCGUCCCGACAUCCAGUUCCAUUUCAUUCCAGGCCGCAAGAGCCAUCGCGGCCGGAUGCUGGAGUACGGCCAUGGCGUGUCGCUGCACACCGGCGUUCUGCGUCCCAAGAGCCGUGGCGCCGUGACGCUGAACGCAGCGGACCCAUCGGCGCGGCCGGUCAUCGACUUGGGGCUGCUGCGCGAGGAAGACGACAUGCAACUGCUGAUGCGCGGCGUCAAGAUCGCCCGCGACAUCCUCAGGCAGCAGCCGUUCGCGCCGCACGGGCUCAGCGAAAUCCUGCCCGGAGAUGGCGUGACCAACGAUGCAGAGCUGACCGCCUUCAUCCGGGAGCAUGCGCGUUCGGUCUAUCACCCAGUCGGCACCUGCGCGAUGGGCACCGGCCCGCGUGCGGUGGUUGACCCGCGAUUGAAGGUGCGCGGCGUCGAGGGCCUCCGCAUCGUCGACGCCUCGAUCAUGCCCGAGAUCGUUUCGGGCAACACCAACGCACCCACCAUCAUGAUCGCCGAAAAGGCAGCCGACAUGAUCCGGCAGGACGCCGCGACACGACACUGA